AUGCUCAAGCCAAAUUAUAAAAUCAAAAAUCUUUUCCUUUCAGCACCACCAACUUGUCCUGGGAAUCAGAUAUAUAUGGAGUGUGGCCCUGCCUGCCAGUUAACUUGUACCAACCCAAACCCACAGCAACAAUGUGAUCAGUGUGUGAAUACCUGUGGUUGCCCAGAAGGCACUGUCCUUGAUAAUUUACAAGGUGGUGACAGAUGCAUCAACCAAAUGGAAUGUCCUUGUGAAUAUGGUAGAACAGUAUAUGAGUCUGGAAAAAUAAGGAUGACUUUCUGCCAGUCAUGCACCUGUCGAUGGGGAAUGUGGGAGUGCACAGAUUUUAAAUGCCCUGAAAUUUGCAAGAUUGAAGAAGGAACUCAUAUUACAACAUUUGAUGGCACAUAUUAUAAUUUGAUUGGUGACUGUUCAUACGACGUUGUUGUUACAAAAGACUGGUCAGUAAAAAUUGAAAUGCAUCCAUGUCAAACAGCAGUUAAGCAGACAUGUUUACAGCGAGUGACAUACACAAAGUAUCAGGACAUUUACAUAAUCAAUAAUGAUGGCACUGUUGACUAUAAUGAAAAUAGAGUGGAACUUCCUCUAGCAAAUGGUGAUAUAACAAUAUUUUUCCAGUCUUCAAUAUAUCUUCAAGUAUCAACAAAGUCUGGGAUGAAAAUGCAAAUACAGAUACAUCCCAUCAUGCAACUUUACACCUCACUGCCCAAAAGUGCCAAUGGAACCACCAAAGGUUUAUGUGGAACCUUCAAUCACAAUGCAGAUGAUGACUUUCUAAGUGCCCAGGGCAUCGUGGAGUACACAUAUGCAACUUUUGCUGACUCUUGGAGAGAAAGUGAGAAUUGCCCUUCACCACAAGUUUAUCCUGCCUGUGUCAGUUCAGAAGAUGAAAUCUAUAUUAAACAAAAUUGUGACUGCUUAAAGGACCCCAAAGGUGCCUUCGCUAAAUGCCAUUCUGCAGUGGUGUUUGAAAAGUAUUAUGAAAUGUGUAAAGUUGCCUCAUGUCACUGUGAGAGGGUCGAUGACUGUAUAUGUGCUGCACUGGAAGCUUAUGCUCAUGCCUGUGCUGCAAAAGGCUUUGUUGUGCAUAACUGGAGAAGAUCAAUAUGCGAGGUAACCUGCCCGAGCACUCAGGUUUUCCAGUAUAAUAUGACAGCCUGUAACCGUACCUGCAGAUAUCUGUCAAAGCCUGAUAUCACAUGUCAGGUUCAAGAUGUUCCAGUUGAUGGUUGUGGUUGCCCUGAGGGAAAGUACAUGAAUGAGAAAGGAGCAUGUGUGAACAAAUCAGAAUGCCCAUGUUAUUUUGGUGGCUUGAUUGUGCAAAAACACAACACUAUUACUGUUAACGGAGUUAGCUGCCUAUGCAUAGGUGGUUUAUGGGCAUGUACUGAACGCUCAUGUCCAAAGACCUGCCUAGUUUAUGGAGAUGGUCAUUACAUGACCUUUGAUGGAAGAAGAUACAGCUAUGAUGGCAACUGUGAAUACACCAUUGUUGAGGAUCAAUGUCAACGAGCAAUCGGUACAUUCCAAAUACUGGCGGAGAGUGUUCCCUGCUGUGAAAAUGGAGUGACCUGUUCACGGAAUAUCAGGAUUAUAUUUGAGGAUCGAGAACUAAUUCUCUUGAGUGAGAAUGGAGUGACUGAGGUGUCCCUUGGGAAAACUCAGUGCACAGAUAAUCUCUACACACUUCACACUGUUGGACUGUAUUUAGUCCUGAGAUUUUCUAAUGGGAUCACUGUGAUAUGGGACAAACGUACAAGACUGUCAGUCACACUGGCUGCAAAUUGGAAGAAUAAAGUUUGUGGCCUUUGUGGAAAUUUCAAUGAGGACAUUGAAGACGAUUUGAAAACAAAGUGGAACUAUGUGGUGACCAGUCCUGUGGAGCUUGGCAACAGUUGGAAGACAAUGUACUCCUGCCCUAAUACAGUGAAUCAAACAUUCCCUUGUGACAGAAAUCCAUAUUGUUUAGCCUGGGCUCGGAAGAGAUGCAACAUAAUCAAUAGUGCAGUCUUUCAAGCUUGCCAUAAAAAGGUUAACCCAACUCCAUACUAUGAAGCUUGUGUCGAAGAAGCUUGUGCUUGUGAUUUGGAGGGAAAAUAUCUGAGUUUCUGUACCGCAGUAGCAGUGUAUGCGGAAGCUUGUAACAAGGUUGAUGUUUGCAUUCGCUGGAGAACUCCAGACCUGUGUCCUGUGUAUUGUGAUUAUUACAAUGCUCCUGGUGAAUGCAGUUGGCAUUAUCAGCCAUGUGGAACACUGACAACAAAAACCUGCUCAGAUCAUUCCAUCACAAAGAAGUUAUCUGCAAAUCUUGAAGGGUGUUAUGCUAAAUGCCCAGAGAAUGCUCCUUAUUUGGAUGAAAAUACAAUGAAGUGUGUUACACUCCCCCAAUGCACUUGUUAUUAUGAUGGAAGAAUACUGCAACCCGGUGAAAUAACAUGGAAUGCUUGUGAAAAAUGGGUUUACAACCACAACGGUGAGCACAACUGUAUCAUCCAUUUCAACUCCAUUUACGUCAUUGACAACGGCAUCCUCUUCAACAAUAACAAGCACAGGACAAACAACGACAACAACAGGGAUAACCACCACACCGAGUUCACCUGCCAGUUCCACAACGGGACAAACAACGACAACAUCAGGGAUAACCACCACACCGAGUUCACCUGCCAGUUCCACAACGGAACAAACAAUGACAACAACAGGGAUAACCACCACACCGAGUUCAACUGCCAGUUCCACAACGGAACAACCAAUGACAACAACAGGGAUAACCACCACACCGAGUUCAACCGCAAGUUCCACAACGGAACAAACAACGACAACAACAGGGAUAACCACCACACCGAGUUCAACUGCCAGUUCCACAAUGGAACAAACAACGACAACAACAGGGAUAACCACCACACCAAGUUCAACUGCAAGUUCCACAACGGAACAAACAACGACAACAACAGGGAUAACCACCACAGCGAGUUCAACUGCCAGUUCCACAACGGAACAAACAACGACAACAAUAGGGAUAACCACCACACCGAGUUCAACAGCCAGUUCCACAACGGAACAAACAACGACAACAACAGGGAUAACCACCACACCGAGUUCAACUGCCAGUUCCACAACGGGACAAACAAUGACAACAACAGGGAUAACCACCACACCGAGUUCAACUGCCAGUUCCACAACGGAACAAACAACGACAACAACAGGGAUAACCACCACACCGAGUUCAACUGCAAGUUCCACAACGGAACAAACUACGACAACAACAGGGAUAACCACCACACCGAGUUCAACUGCAAGUUCCACAACGGAACAAACAACGACGACAACAGGGAUAACCACCACACCGAGUUCAACUGCCAGUUCCACAACUGGACAAACAACGACAACAACAGGGAUAACCACCACACCGAGUUCCCCUGCCAGUUCCACAACGGAACAAACAACGACAACAACAGGGAUAACCACCACACCGAGUUCAACUGCAAGUUCCACAACGGAACAAACAACGACAACAACAGGGAUAACCACCACACCGAGUUCAACUGCCAGUUCCACAACGGAACAAACAACGACAACAACAGGGGUAACCACCACACCGAGUUCAACUGCCAGUUCCACAACGGAACAAACAACGACAACAACAGGGAUAACCACCACACCGAGUUCAACUGCAAGUUCCACAACGGAACAAACAACGACAACAACAGGGAUAACCACCACACCGAGUUCAACUGCCAGUUCCACAACGGAACAAACAACGACAACAACAGGGAUAACCACCACACCGAGUUCAACUGCCAGUUCCACAACUGGACAAACAACGACAACAACAGGGAUAACCACCACACCGAGUUCAACUGCCAGUUCCACAACGGAACAAACAACGACAACAACAGGGAUAACCACCACACCGAGUUCAACUGCAAGUUCCACAACGGGACAAACAACGACAACAACAGGGAUAACCACCACACCGAGUUCAACUGCCAGUUCCACAACUGGACAAACAACGACAACAACAGGGAUAACCACCACACCGAGUUCAACUGCCAGUUCCACAACGGAACAAACAACGACAACAACAGGGAUAACCACCACACCGAGUUCAACUGCCAGUUCCACAACGGAACAAACAACGACAAUAACAGGGAUAACCACCACACCGAGUUCAACUGCCAGUUCCACAACGGGACAAACAACGACAACAACAGGGAUAACCACCACACCGAGUUCAACUGCCAGUUCCACAACGGAACAAACAACGACAACAACAGGGAUAACCACCACACCGAGUUCAACUGCCAGUUCCACAAUGGAACAAACAACGACAACAACAGGGAUAACCACCACACCGAGUUCAACUGCCAGUUCCACAACGGUGACAAAAUCAAAUUGGGUGCUAUGAUUGUUAAUGUGUGUCUUUCUCUUCAAAAGAAGCGACCACAACAACAGGGACAAGCACCACAACUGCAACGACUGUCAGUUCUACAACUGAACAAACAACGACAACAACAGGGACAACCACCACACCGAGUUCAACUGCCAGUUCCACAACGGAAGAAACAACCACAUCUAUACAACCAACUACAACUGGCUCUACCAGUGCUUCGACUAGAGAUGAAAGAAUCAACUACAACAACAGGGAUAAGCACCACAACUGAGAUGACAGCAAGUUCCACAACUGAGAUUCCUUGCAGUGGAAUUUUGUCUGAGUGGAUUAAUAAAAAUACGCCAACUAUUAAUUCUCCACUUGAUCAUGAACAAAUUCAAAAUGUGUGUAAAGCUGCUACAAACCGGAUAACGAAUAUUCAAUGUGAAGCCGUCAAGUUUCCAGGAUCUCCGAUCAGUAUAACCAAUGAUACAGUGACAUGUGAUUUAAACAGUGGAUUAAACUGCACUAAACCAGCUGGUGAUGACCUUUCAUGUUUCGACUAUCGCAUUAGAGUGUGCUGUGAACCAUUUGAAACAACAGCACUUCCAACCACGACUACCCCUGUCUCCAGCACUACUCCACCUGAAGAAUGUUACUGUACUUCAGACCCACCAAGAAAGUGCAAUGAAACUUGGAAAGAGAACUGUGAGACCAUUACCUGUGUUAUGCCACAAACAUAUAAAAUUACACAGGUUAACUGUACGAUACCCAUGAAACCGACAUGUUACAGUCAAUUAGACCCCAUCUCUGUCCCAACUGAAGAUGGCUGCUGUUCGACAUGGGACUGUAAUUGUAACUGUGAAAUAUGGGGGAGAAAACAUUAUCAUACCUUUGAUGGAAUAUACUACAAAUUCCUCGAAGAUUGUGCAUAUGUUCUCGUAGAAGAAAAGGUUCCAAGAUACAAUUUCUCUGUGAUACUUGAUAACUCUGACUGCAAUAAACAAAGAUCCAAGCGCUGCCGUAAAUCGCUCAUUAUUAACUACAGUGGGCAUAUCAUUAAUUUUUCAGCUAAAAACCGACAAAAGCCCAUAGUAACUGUCGAUGAAGUAGAAGUGAGCUUUCCAUAUCAUGCAGAAGGAUUUCAUAUUACAAAAAAUUACAAACAAGUAACCAUUUCUAUUCCUGGUAUUCGAACCACAAUCACUGGCAAAAAAAACAACUUCCACAUUCAAGUACCAGAACAGUACUUCUUAGACAACACCCAAGGACAAUGUGGUUCGUGUUCUAGAAAUAUAAAGGAUGAAUGUGUAAGAAAGAAUGGAAAGAUAGAACCUGAUGACUGCUGUCACAAAACUGCAUUGGAUUGGAAAGUUGAUGAUCCUAGUAAGCCACAUUGCCAAGCAGCUCCUACAAAUGUGUCUUGUGAAGUGCCUCCUACUGUCCCUCCAUGUGAAUCUGGGAAAACUGUGUGUGAUGUCCUAUCAGGAGUGGCUUUCAAAAAAUGCAGAGAAAAAAAACAACUGAGUGAUUACAUCACAGCAUGUCUGGAUGAUCAUUGUGCCGUGAAUUCUACAGAGACAGACUGUUCUAGCCUGGAAGCUGCUGCCAAGACUUGUAUUGCAGCAGGGAAAUGUGUUGACUGGAGAAACUCAACAAACGGAUUAUGUCCACACGCCUGCACAGAGGGAUUCACCUAUAAAGCCUGCGCCAAAUACAAUCAUGAUUAUUGUAAGGACGGUGAGAAGAAAUAUGGGGAGAGACUUCAUGAACGCAUUGAAGGCUGCUUUUGUGAAAAUGGAUUAAUGCUGUCUGAGGAUGGAACCCGAUGUGUUUCUUCAUGUGGUAAAUGCAAAGACUAUGCAGGAAACGUACGAUAUGAAGGUGACCAUUGGUUUCAUCCCAAUGAUACAUGCAUCCACUAUAGAUGUGUAGGAAAUGCAGUAGCAAUGACACAAAUAACAUGUUUUUCUCGUCCAGAUUGUGAUGAGGCUGACAGAAAAUGGGACAAAUAUCGAUGCUGUUAUUCCUGUCCUGACAGCUUGAGACGAUGCAAGGUGAAACGUAAAAUGAUUACCAUCAGAAACAAUCAAUGUUCAGCGACCGUUCGGGUGAAAGCAUGUGAAGGGUCUUGUAACUCAUCAGCUAUAUUUGAUCCCAAAACAAAUGGCAUGAAACAAACAUGUGAGUGCUGCCAGGAGGAAAACAUUAAAAAAAAGCUAAUAAACCUGAAAUGCUCCAAUGGGGAAUCUCAAAAAUACACCUACAUUUCUGCCAAAUCAUGCAAAUGCAAAACCUGUAAAGGUGAAAACGCUUAACGUUGUGAUCUCAAAGCCUGACAACUGGAUAUAAUUUGUGCAACAAACGUAGAUGUUAAAAUCU